CUCCCAGAUUUUGCUCUAUCGAAACGAGGAACAUGUCAGCCGGCAAGCUAAAGGGUCUUGUUACCGUGGUGACAGGGGCUGCAUCAGGACUGGGAAAAGCCACCGCCACACGAUUUGUGAAUCAAGGAGCCAAAGUUGUCCUUGUGGAUUUGGCUACAUCAGAUGGACAAAACGUUGCUGACUCUUUGGGCAAAAACUGUGUAUUUCAAGCAGCAGAUGUGACAUCAGAGAAAGAUGUGAGGGAAGUGAUGAAUUGUGCUGAGUCGAAAUUUGGAGGGUUGAAUGUGGCAGUCAACUGUGCUGGCAUUGGAAUAGCAGUGAAAACAUUUCAUCAAAAGAAAGGUCUUCACCCAUUGGAUGAGUUUUCUAAAGUUCUUCAGGUUAAUACAGUUGGAUCAUUUAAUGUGAUGCGGAUGAGUGCAGAGCUGAUGGCCAAGAAUCCCAGUUCAGAGCUGGAGGAACGUGGUGUCCUCAUCAAUACAGCUAGUGUGGCAGCCUUCGACGGUCAGGUAGGACAAGCGGCCUACUCUGCUAGUAAGGGGGCAAUCGUGGGGAUGACCCUUCCAAUUGCUCGUGACCUUGCUCCACUGAAGAUCAGGGUCUGCACCAUUGCUCCUGGCCUGUUUGAUACACCACUUUUGGCAUCAUUACCAGAAAAGGUUCGCACGUUUCUGUGUAACACCAUUCCUUUCCCACCACGCCUUGGAAACCCUGAUGAAUAUGCCCACAUGUGUCAGUCCAUCGUAGAGAACGGUUACAUGAAUGGAGAGGUGAUUCGAUUAGACGGAGCAAUCAGGAUGAUGCCAUGAUUGAACAUUUUUAUUUAUUUUGAGAAUUUGAAUUUUGAAGACUACAACCUUGUGUGAUAUUUUACACAUUCUUUACUCAUAUUUUGAGAUAGUAUGUUGAUUCACAUACUGUCAUUCAGUCAUUGUACUUGGAACAAAUUUUUCAACAUGAAAAUUUAUCACAAAAACAAAUUUUUUUAUCAUGAAAGUCACAAAUAUGAUAACUUUAGAAGCCAGUAAAUGCAAAAUUCACUGUACUCUUAUGGGUAUUAUAUUACUUAAAACCUUUGUUCAUUACUAGAUCAAUCACUGUAUUAAAUAGGCUUAAUGAGGAAGGGAAAUAACUGUCGUAUAAUGUUAUGUAUAUUUACAACAAAGCAGUAGAUUUAAGAACCUACAAAAGUAAUCAACAUAUCAAAGAGGUUUUUCCUGAUUAUGAAGAUUUCAAUGAACUAACCUCAAGUUAGGUUUCUAAAAUUUGAAAAAGUAGAAAAUAUAUAUAUCUUACUCUAAUUUUGGUGAAAUUCGAAUGAUGGCCUUAUGGCAAAUCACACUCACGAUUAAAAUAUUUGUAAUUUUACAUAUAUAUAUGACUUUUUGUUUGCAUUGUAAUGAACAUGUAUGAAUAAAUACUACUUUUGUAA